UGUGGACACAAGUAUUCCAGGAAUAAUGGUGCUCCGUCAGAGUUUUCUCAUCAUUCUUGCAUUCUUUGGGCUGGUAUUGUGUGGGCUCAUUUACCUGAACACCAACCAGAACAGUUGCAAACCGCAGAUAAUAGAAAAAGUCAUCACCAAGGCAAAGGGGAAGCUUAAGAACUUUGGAUUGCGCUCAUCGCUGGGGCUUUUGUACAACCAGCCCAGUGCGCUGGUAAGUCGGACAGAUGUUGCUUCUGUAACAUCAUGGUUAGCCCCAAUCAUUUGGGAGGGAACCUUUGACGCCACACUGAUCGACUUUAUCUACAAACAACAGAAUCUCACCAUAGCGACCACAGUCUUCGCUUUGGGAAAAUACACACGUUUUCUCAAAGAGUUUCUGGAGUCAGCAGAGCAGCAUUACUUUGUUGGAUUUCGAGUGAAUUACUACUUGUUUACGGAUCUACCAGAAGAAGUUCCUGAAGUUAAGAUGGGUGAAAACCAUAGUUUGACAGUUCGAAAGGUUCCAAGUAUGAACAGAUGGCAGGAUAUCAGUAUGGGCAGGAUGGAAAUACUGGAGAAACUAAUAGAGAAUGAACUGGCCAGUGAGGCCGACUAUAUUUUCUGCCUUGACGUAGAUACAAAGUUCUAUAGCCGCUGGGGUGUGGAGUCUUUGGGUCGUCUGGUAGGUGUGAUACAUCCUUGGUUCUUUGAUGCUCCAAGGGAUCAGUUCACAUAUGAGCGUAGACCAGAGUCUCAAGCAUACAUUCCAGCUGGAGAGGGUGAUUAUUAUUUUACUGGUGCUGCAUUUGGUGGCUCACUGGAGGAUGUACAUCAUCUCACCAAAACCUGCUGGGCGGAGAUGAAAAUUGAUAUUGCAAACUCCAUUGAGGCGAUAUGGCACGAGGAGUCUCACUUGAACAAGUAUUUCCUUUAUAACAAACCCAGUAAACUGCUUUCACCUGAAUAUCUGUGGCGGGACAUCAAUGCCGGGGCGGUCCAAAUAAAAGUAGUUCGCUUCUCUCAUGUAGCUAAAAACAAUGCAGAAGUGCGUCCAAAUGUGUAGCACCUGUUGCCAGUAUUGAGCUACACUGACAUGGUGUGUUCUCGCAGGCCUCCCACACUGUGAAUAUGUAAACAGGUAAUAUUGACAAAAUAGAAGUCUACAGCUGCCACCAACAAAUGGAUAAUCAGAGACAUUUACAGAUAUUUAUGAGCACAAAGUGGCAUCAGGAACUAAAUCUGCCAAAGUGAUCUUGAAGAAACACUCACAAUAUGCUAUAAAUACUCUUGAGUUUAUUAUACAACAAAACACCAUUUAAAUGUGUAUUGAAAGCACUGACAACCCUUUGUUUGACCUCUUAUUUAAAGGGAGGAAGUUUAGUAGAUACAGGGUCUGAAGUAAAAACCAAUGGUGAACUUUAAUUGGUAUUUUCUAGCUACUACAUAAAUAUGAUUUUACUUUUUGGCGUAAUCUCAUUAAUAUUCAUAGUAAUUUGCACACAUGGUUGCACCUGCCUUUUUGUAUGUUUGGGUAUACACUGAAACAAUGUAUGACCUAUAAAACGAUUCAUAGGGAUUUGUACAUCUCUAAAGCUAUGGUAAUAAUUCAUUCAAAUAUACAAGGUCUAUGCAAAUGUACAAAAAUGUAUUUGUUCUUAAACCACAUUUUGUGUAUAAUACGAAUGGGGUCAAAUUGCAAGUUGAUGGGUUUUUAGAUAUUACUGUCAAAUUCUGAAUGUAUGUAUACUGUUUUUUGUUAGUUUUUUAUUUUGCUGGUUUUUUUCCAUUUGCAUUUUUUUUUAUUUCUACCACUCUGUACUCAGCAAAAUUAAACAAAAAAAAACUAAACAGAACAAAUAACAUUUGGGAAAACUAGUAUGAGCAUUGAUUGUAUGCUAUUGAAUACUAAGAAAUUAUACUUUCACUGAUGCAAACACUCAUACAUUUUUCUCUUUGUAUAUUUCACU